GGUCUUGAACAUGGUAAGGAGUUGUUCUACUGUUGAGCCAGAAUAAAAAAACGUUUUAACUUCGUAAAAUGGGUAUCGACCUCAAUCACAAGUGGGAUCGUAAGGUCCGUCGUACGAAGCCGAAAUCGUUGGACGUGUACCUUGGAUUGCUGGUGAAGUUAUACCGUUUCCUGUACCGUCGUACACACAAGAAGUUCAAUAAGAUUGUGAUGCGUCGUCUGUUCAUGAGCAGAACGAACCAUCCCCCAAUGUCGCUUAACCGUGUUGCCCAGUUGAUGAAGCUGCGUGCCAAGGAUGAGAAAUCGGUGGCCGUUGUGAUCGGCACGGUCACUAACGAUGUACGCAUGCUAGAUAUUCCGAAGCUAAACGUGUGCGCUCUCCGUGUGACCGAGAAGGCUCGGCAGCGUAUUCUGAAGAACGGUGGCAAAAUUUACACGUUCGAUCAGCUCGCCCUGCUCUCUCCGACCGGAAGAAACACCGUGCUGAUGCAGGGCAAGCGUACCGCUCGGGAGGUAUUUAAGCAUUUCGGCCGUGCUCCGGGUGUACCACACUCCAACACACGCCCGUACGUGCAGUCGAAGGGCCGCAAGUUCGAGAAAGCUCGUGGUCGCCGUAGCAGCUGCGGUUUCAAGAAUUAAUCCUGUCGCAGAUAUAAAGAUUUGGAUCGCACUUCCACAGAACAACAACAUUCGGAAACCAUUAGCCCAAAAGAAGUGCAGAGCAAGUAUUGCUCUUUUGGGUGUAACAAGUACGUGUUGGUGAAGAAAUACAAGGAAGGAAAAUCUAUUCCAACAUGAAAGUACUGUGCCUCUCGUGUU